AUGGCUUCCCCAGAAAAUACCCUCCCCAUUUUGGGAGACAAGCCCCGAGAGGCGAUCCUGGAAUCCCGCGUGUUGAUCAUCAUGACUGGCGGAACUAUAUGCAUGCAGCAAUCUCCAUCGGGCUUUGUACCUGCCCGAGGCUUCCAAGACAAGUGUAUGGCCCGGGUGCCCUCAUUCAACGAUGGCUCUGAGCCCUUAUCGAUGGAUGUGGUAACUACUGCCGCAGGGACCGUCAAGGAGCAUCAGAGCUUACGGACUCCCGUGACCGCAUACGGCCGCCGCGUGCGCUACACCGUCUAUGAGUUUGAGGAGCUGCUGGACAGUAGUUCGAUUGAUGCAAAGGGCUGGGCGGAGAUUGCCCAGACCGUAUUCCAGAAUUACACUCUAUUCGAUGGAUUUGUAAUUCUCCACGGCACCGACAGCCUGGCAUACACAUGUUCCGCUCUCAGUUUUAUGCUCCAGAAUCUGGGCAAGCCGGUUGUGCUCACAGGGUCCCAAGCGCCCAUGCUGGAGCUGCAAAAUGACGCGACUGACAACCUGCUUGGUUCGCUGGUCGUAGCGGGCCACUUCAUGAUUCCCGAAGUGUGUCUGUACUUCAACAACCGGCUCUUCCGGGGAAUCGCGAUUACGACGUCGAUGCGGACCAAUGUGAACUGGGACAUGGUGCACCGGCCUACCAGCCUCGAUCAUUUCCGUAUCCACACCAAUCUUGACACGACCCAUGUCGCGUGCCUACGUAUCUUCCCCGGAAUUAAGCCUGAAAUGGUCGAUGCUGUGCUGAAGCUGAAUGGGCUGCGUGGCCUCAUCCUGGAGACCUUUGGUGCUGGCAAUGCGCCCUCGGGCCAGGAUAAUGCCAUGAUUAACGUCCUGGCCAGUGCUAUUCAACGAGGAAUCGUUAUAGUCAACAUUACCCAAUGUCUUACAGGAAGUGUCAGCCCCGUCUACGCGACAGGCAUGAGUCUCUCCCGGGCGGGCGUAGUAGCCGGCCUCGACAUGACUACUGAGGCAGCCCUAACCAAGCUUGCCUAUCUCCUGGCCUUUCCAGACGCCACCCCUGAGUCCGUCGCCAAGGACAUGUCGAUCUCCCUCCGCGGCGAACUGACCGAAUCCUCGCAGCCCGUCUUCCGUCAUCCGGACGGGGCUCUCCCUGAACGCGUGCAGACCCUCACCGCAAUGGGGUAUGCUAUUGCGCAAGGCGAUCUCGAACGAGUCAAAACGAUCCUCAAUGUGGAACGCCACUGGCUACUCAAUGAUGCCGACUACUCCGGCAAUACCCCCAUCCACCUAGCGGCGACCUCGCCGUCCAUCUCGAUCCUCCACUUCCUGCUCUCACACGGAGGGUCGGUGCACCUGCGGAAUCGCAAUGGCCGCACGCCAUUGUUCCUGGCGGCCAAUGCUGGCCUGUCAGAUCAUGUGCUCCUGCUCCGCAAAUCUGGCGCCCACUUGCACUCGGAUGAGCUCCCCGCCGCAGAGCUUCUGGCCCGCCGAAAACCUGGGGUUUGGGGCCUGGCCGGGAUCGACCCGUGCGAAAACAGUCAGCGGGAGCUUGAGGAGAAUGAGAGCAGUGGUGACCGCAGUCGGUGGAUGAUGGCUGGAUCUGCCCCAUGA